UUGCACAGUUCCCACCAGUCAGAGUCUCGGAACCUCCACCCCAUUCCAUGGCGUCGUCGCGGCGAUCUCUCCUCCUCCUCGUCCUUGCCGCGAUCGCCGCCACUGCCACCGCCGCCGUAGGGGAUGCGCCGUUCGUGGUGGCGCACAAGAAGGUCGCCCUCUCCCGCCCCGGCCCCGGCGUCGAGCGCCUCGCCGUCACCCUCAACCUCUACAACCAGGGUGCCGCGACUGCAUAUGAUGUUAGCCUGAAUGAUGACUCAUGGCCACAGGAAGCAUUUGAGAUUGUCUCUGGAAGCACCUCCAAGAUAGUCGAAAAGCUUGAUCCUGGUGCUUCUGCUUCUCACAACUUUGUUUUGGAGCCGAAAGUGCAGGGCAGGUUUCAGGGUUCCCCUGCGGUUAUUAAGUACCGUGUUCUCACACACGCCGCACUUCAGGAGGCCUAUUCAACCCCUACCCUCCCACUUGACAUCCUUGCUGAGAGACCCCCACAGCAGAAGUUUGAAUGGGCCAAGAGACUUGUUGGAGAAUACGGCCCUCUGGUGUCAGUCGUUUCUUCUGUUGGUAUGUUUGUGUACCUUGUCACCAGUCCUUCAAAAUCGAGUGCUGUGAAAGGAAGAAAGAAGAAGCGCUGAAUAGAUAUGUUUGUUUAUCACCCCAUUUUACAGUAGUUGGUUUGGAUCCAAGAAACUUUACAAAUUUUGAGUUUCCUCCAUGUGCUAGCGUGAUGAAGUGAGGAAUAAAAUGUCAUUGAUUUUGGCCCUUUGUAGUUGAGCGUCUAAGGUGAAAUCUGAGCUGGCUGUCUCUGACAAGAGUAGAUGUUAUAAUACUCUGAACCAAUUGAAUUCCUGAGCACUAGCUUUAGUUUA